AACGGCGCUGCGCAUGCGUGUAAAUUAUCAAAAUAAGCAAAAUGGCGGCUGAUGGAGAGGAAGAUUGAAUUAGAGAGAAAACUUUUACCUCUAUGAUGGCCACACAGAAGCCCGGGGAGUGGGUUCAGUCUUUGAUAAACAGAUUUGAUGCACAGUUGCCAAUAAAAACAGGCCUACACACUACCCAAGCUAUACAGAAUGUUGAACAGAACAAGGAAUGUUUGAUCAAUGUUUCAAGAUAUAAGUUCCGAGAAGUUAUAAACGGUCUUACGAAAACAUUACAAUCUGUCAAUAAUACCAGAAUAAUUGGUUCAGAGGCAGAGAGAAACUAUUUUGAAUCCCAGCUGAUUAUCCUUGAUACCCUUGUCAAAGUCCUCAACUCCCAACCAAAAGAUACAUCGCGCCUGGAUGAGGCCAUCUAUGUGAAGCUUUUGUUGCCUGAAAUAUGUAAAUUUUUGAACCUGCAGUCAGAUACACCAUAUGUUCUACAGUUAAAGAGUUUAGCAUCUAAGGUUCUGUUUGCGCUUAGCUUGAACGCAUUUAAUGCUGUUUUCAGUCGGAUAUCUGCAAGGUUGAUGACAUUGUCUACAUGCAGUGAAGAUCAAUCUGAUUUAUCUGACCUUGAACUUAUACAACAUCUCAACGUGGAUGUGACACGACUUACAAAACUCCUCAGUGAUGUGGUGUCCAAGUUUCGUCUGUUGAAAUCCAAACAGGUUAUAUCUGCUUUAGCACAUAACCUGGAAAAGGCAAUAUGGAAUUGGAUGGACAAUUAUCCUGAGGAGUUUACAGAUCUACAAAAACAACCAAAUGAGGAACUACAAGAUUGUUGUGACAAACUGUUUGAGCAGUAUCUAUCCUUCAUGGAGAACUCGACAAAAAGGAAGGCCUCUGUGUGGCCAUUCCAGAUGAUGUUGCUUAUUCUCUGUCCGAAAAUUUUGGAGGAGAUCAACAAUGCAGAUGGUGGAGCCCCAUGUUCACCCCAGCAUCUUAAAAAGAAACAUUUUAUAGAUGAGGUGAAGAAAACAAUAGCCAAUCAUCAUAGUUGUCAUAAAUCUCUAGCUGAGGGUGCAGCAGUUACGUGUGUCCGUCUGUGUAAGGCCUCAACAUAUAUCAGCAUUCAUGAUAGACUCAAUGUUCUCUUCAGUUUAGUGCAGUCUGUGAUAGGAGAUCUGAAGUCUCUGUUAUUCAACCCGCCACCAAACAGUAAGACAUUCACGAGAGGUCAGAGCAUUGUGGGCCAGGAUUUGGAUCUAUAUAUAGACUGUUUUGUUUCGUGUUUUCGCAUCACACCACACAACAAUGAUGUUCUGAAAGUCUGCCUCAAUCCCCACUCCCCACCAAUCUACCACUUUGUUCUUGUCAAUGCUCUACAUAGAAUUAUAACACAGCGACGUUUGUCAUGGUGGCCCAACAUCAGUAUAAUAUACGGGAAAGCGGCAGAGUUACGGAACAUGUUUACAGAUACAUUAAAUAAAGUUACCCAAGGAAUGGGCACACAUACAACACAGAAACCUACAGGGGUCGGAGGACUGCCAUACAGUUUAACGAGAAUUAGUAUACUGACCAAGCCAACCAAUGAGACAAUGACGACAUACAGAUAUCUUCUACUGUGGAUUGUACGACUCAUUCAUGCUGACCCUAACCUUAUGUUACAUAACCAGGGUAAACCAGGACAUGAGAUACAGAGCAGUACACUAGAGUUGAUCAACGGCCUUGUAUCAUUGGUACAUCAACAAUGGAUGCCAGAAGAUGUGGCCCAGGAGGCUAUGGAGGCAUUAUUAUGUUUACAUCAACCAGUCAACAUUGAACUGUGGAAUCCUGAAGCCCCAAUUAACACAUUCUGGGAUGUCAACUCGCAGGUAUUGUUCUCAAUCUCGCAGAAGUUGAUACAGCAUCAAAUUAUAAACUAUACGGAGAUACUGAAGUGGUUACAGGAGAUCCUUGUAUGCCGUAACAGCUUCUUGCAGAAACACAGCUCCAAUGCCAACGUAGGCAGUAACAUACCAGUCUGUAAACAAGCUCAUAUCAAGUUAGAGGUUGUGUUUUUCAUGUAUCUAUGGAGUAUAGAUAUAGAUGCGGUGUUGACAGCAAUGUCGUGUUUCCACCUGCUGUGUGAGGAGGCAGAGAUACGAUGUGGGGUAGAUGAAAUGGCCGUCACUCAGUUACUGCCCAAUUAUAAUGUUUACUCUGAGCUCGCUGCAGCAGCUACUGUUCUUACUACAG